CACGCCUUUAAUCCCAGCACUAGAGGGGUAUAAAGGAUAGAAGCAGGGUCUUCAGUAGGGGCAUUCACGCUCUAGUCACGUUGAGGACUGAGAAUAGGAAUUGGGGCAUUGGCCCUGUUAGAUGUAAGAGCUCUCUAGUAGCUCGGCUACUUUGCUUUUCUGUUCUUUAACCUGAAGUUUGAACCCCACAGUCAGCCUCCCGGUCUUUUAUUUUUGUGUUAUAGUCACUGAAGCUCGCUUCUUUCCUCGGCGUCACCGAUAUGAUGGAAGAUCAUGUAUGUGACUACAGGGAUGUUCUGUAGUCACCUUAAACUUUUUAAUACCCUACAUGGGUUUUAAGCUAAAAUUUCCCCUUCCCCUCUGGCUCCAUGCAUAUCCCUCUUCCUUAUCUUCUUUCUGUGUUAAUACCGUCAGUUAACAGCACUAAUUAAGCAUUUAAUACUUAAAUCUUGUAAAUGAAAUAAUUUUUCCUUAUCAUAACACUCAUAUGAGUGAUGUGUCACUUCAUUCCAUAUUAUAUCCUAGUUUGGGUGCAAAUGCAUUACUACAUUUUCAACUGAAGCCAAUAUUGUCUUCUACCUCUGUUAUUGCAACCAGCUCUUACCUGUGUCCACAUUAUUCCUUCCUAGUUUAUUCUCACUCUGAAAAAUGUUUAUCUUUAAAAAAUAAGACCUUGAUUAUAUUCCUUUUCUGUUCAGAGCUCUUUAACAGUCUUGUAUUCCACUGACAAGCCUUGUAGACUUUUUGCUUGCUUUUCCAACUUCAGCUUUUACUGAGUCCCUCUUGCUCUGUGCCAAGAUCUUAUUUCAGUUCAUUUGAAACAAACCUCUCAGUUUAGAUGUGCAGCCUUGUGGUUUUACUUUCCUGGAAACCAGGGCUUCCCUUAUACUCUCUUACCAUGAGCUAUGCCCCCAGCCCUCUCAAAUGUAAUUUUUGUGCAAAUUACUUCCACUUAUUUUUCAUGUAUCAGUUAGAUAGAAUAUACUUUCUCCUUUCUCCACCUCCAAAUUUGGUUAGUUGAUCCUCAACUAUAAUCUUGUAUUAGCAUAAGCCUUUCUCAUCAAGGCAGCCAUUCGGCUUCAUGUUAAGUGGCCAUUUUCUUUCUCCCCUUUUCAUGGCAGAAAUAGCUUCUGACUGAUUAUCAUUCACUUCCUAACAACACCAUCACUAGCUCAAGCAUGUGCUUAAUAAACAUUCACUGAGAAAGUCAGGGAAUAGAUAAAUAAAAUACUUUGAACCAUGCCUUUGGAAGCCCUGGAUGUGCCAAAGAGUGAAUGUCAGUCUACAGCUUUCUGGUGUAAUAAUCUGGACAGGCCAUGCUCUAUUCUCUAGUGAGCAUUUACUUCCUACUGCACAUCUCCUAUGGAGUGUUCCUAUGGAAAUGGUACCAUUACCCAGCCCAAAAUAUCCAACUUCCCCCAAACAACUAUUUACAUAUACCAGACACAACUUCAAGUGCAUAAGAACACCCUUUCUUCCUUCUCUAAGAGCAUGUAAUAAUGACUAGGAGAGACCUCCAUGCUUUCAUUUUCAAUUUUUCUAAGUGUCUCUUUCUCAUCUUUGUAAAAAUCAAUGGCUUGUGGGCCCUUUGAACUAUCUUUAGUUUUACAGGUUCCUUCAAGAAGAGACCAUGAAUGGUUAGAAACAAGGGUUCUACUGUAAACUAUUUCACCAGCACAGAUCUAUCAGAUAGUAAUUUAUCACAAGAGCUACAACUCAGAAAUGGAAAUGGGAAUAGAGAAGAAAAUGUAAUUCAGUUUCAUUAAUAAAUGCAUUCAACAAAUUAAAAGUUUUGUCUCAAACUUACUCGGCCUUGUCUGAAACCUGACAACCUGCAUAGUCACAUGGUGGCGCUGCAGGAUAAGAUGGGAAACUGUUUCCUAACAGGAGCUCAGUUCUCCCCUAACCAGAGGAAGUGAACGCUCCCGAUCAAACAGCACACAGGCUGUGUGAAAAGGCAGGGCACCGACAAGACCCUCCAGAAAGGAGUGCACAUCUAUAAAUCCCUAAAGGUCCAGACGAGCAGAGCUGCUCUCUGAGCUGCCGGAGACUGAGUUGAAACAGAAGAGCAGAAAGCCUCUUGUCUAACGAAUGAUGGAGCCAGGAGUGAUGUCUGCUCAGCAUGUAAGGCAAGUGCUGCUCUUUUUUGCUUUCCUGGGAGGGUCCUCAGUUCUUUCCGAGACCUGGAGCUAUUCUGUGGCAGAAGAAACGGAGACUGGCUCCUCUAUAGCCAAUAUAAUUAAAGAUAUGGGUGUGGGUGACCUGGCUGCGCGGGGUGCCAGAAUUAUAUUUGAUGACUAUCAGCCUUAUUUGCGGUUAGAACCUGAGACUGGCAACUUGCUCUUGAACAAAAAACUGGACAGGGAAGAACUUUGUGGCACCAGCGAACCCUGUAUAUUGCAUUUCCAGGUGUUACUGGAAAAUCCUCUGCAAUUUUUUCAGGCUGAACUUUUGGUUGAAGACAUAAAUGACCAUCCUCCCACAUUCCUAGAGAAACUCCUAUUUCUAAAUAUCUCAGAAGGUGCUGCUCCUGGGACCUCAUUCCAAAUGGAUAAUGCUCAGGACUUAGAUGUAGGAAUUAAUGGGAUCAAAAACUAUACAAUAAGCCCCAACCCCUAUUUCUACCUUAAGUUAAAAGAUGGUGGUAAAGGAAGGAAAUACCCAGAGUUGGUACUUAAUGGACCUCUGGACAGAGAAAAGGAGCCUUCAAUUAGCUUGAUACUAACAGCCAUGGACGGUGGGCCCCUGCCCAGGUCAGCAACUGCACUGAUUCAAGUUGAGUUUGUAGAUGUCAAUGACAAUGCCCCUGAGUUUGAAAGAGCGCUGUAUGAGGUUCAAGUACCAGAGAACAGCCCUUUGAACUCACUGGUAAUCAAGGUGUCUGCUACAGACUUGGACACAGGGGUGAAUGGAGACAUAUCUUAUUCAUUUUCUCAAGUCUCUGGAGAUGUACGGAAAACAUUCAAAAUCCAUCCAAUUUCUGGUGAAGUCCAUUUGAAAGCACUCCUAGAUUUUGAGGUAAUUCAGUCUUAUACAAUAAAUAUUCAAGCCAUUGAUGGUGGGAGUCUCUCUGGAAAAUCAGCCAUUAUUGUUCAAGUUACAGACGUGAAUGACAACCCACCAGAAAUAGUCUUUACGUCUCUUAUGAGUCCCAUUCCAGAAAACUGCUUGUCAGAAAUGGUGGUCGCUGUUUUCAGUGUGCGAGACCAAGACUCAGGAGACAACAGCAGAAUAAUGUGCUCAGUUCAAGACAACCUUCCUUUUCUCUUGAAACCUACUUUCAAAAAUUUCUAUACUCUAGUAACAGAGAUUCCACUGGACAGAGAGAGCAGAGCUGAGUACAACAUCACCAUCUCAGUUAACGACCUGGGCACACCCAGGCUCACAACCCAGCACACCAUAACAGUGCAGGUGUCUGACGUCAACGACAACGCCCCCGCCUUCACACAAACCUCCUACACCCUGUUUGUCCAGGAGAACAACAGCCCCGCCCUGCACAUAGGCACUAUCAGCGCCACAGACUCAGACUCGGGCUCCAAUGCCCGCAUCACCUACUCGCUGCUGCCCAGCCACGACCCGCAGCUGGCCCUGGACUCGCUCAUCUCCAUCAAUGCCGACAACGGGCAGCUGUUCGCGCUCAGGGCUCUGGACUAUGAGGCCCUGCAGACCUUCGAGUUCCUCGUGGGCGCCACAGACCAAGGCUCGCCUGCGCUCAGCAGCCAGGCACUGGUGCGCGUGCUUGUGCUGGACGCCAACGACAAUGCGCCCUUCGUGCUCUACCCGCUGCAGAAUGCAUCUGUGCCCUGCACAGAGCUGUUGCCUAGGACGGCGGAGCCAGGAUACCUGGUCACCAAGGUAGUGGCAGUGGAUCGCGACUCUGGUCAGAAUGCCUGGCUGUCGUUCCAGCUGCUCAAGGCCACUGAGCCAGGGCUGUUCAGCGUGUGGGCUCACAAUGGCGAGGUGCGCACCUCCAGGCUGCUGAGUGAGCGCGAUGCUCCCAAGCACAGGCUGCUGCUGCUGGUCAAGGACAAUGGCGACCCUCCCAGGUCUGCCAGUGUCACUCUGCAUGUGCUGCUGGUAGAUGGCUUCUCUCAGCCCUACCUGCCUCUGCCCGAGGUGACGCACGAAGGCGCACAGGAGGAUGACUUGCUCACACUGUAUCUGGUCAUCGCCUUGGCGUCUGUGUCUUCGCUCUUCCUCUUGUCUGUGCUGCUGUUUGUGGGGGUGAGGCUGUGCAGGAGGGCCAGGGCGACCUCUCUGGGUGGCUGCUCUGUGCCUGAGGCACACUUUCCUGGUUACCUGAUGGACUUCAAUGGCAGGGAAACCUUGUCCCAGAGCUACCAGUAUGAGGUGUGCCUGACUGGAGUAUCAGAUGCCAAAGAUUUUCGGUUCCUAAAGUCUGUGUCUCCCAGCCAUGAGGUUGUGACUUGCGUGGAGGAGAAUUCCACCUCUAUGAAUGGUUUUGGAUACAAUUAACAGUUUGUUGAUUUUUUUCAGAUGGUUCCGGAUAAAUGUUUGUUCUUUCUCAA